AAAAUCCAAAAUUUACCACUGUCUAAGAGUAUCAGCUCGAAAUGGAAAAUCCAUAAUAUUUCUUAGGACGAGAAAGCAUUAGCAUACCAAGAUGCAUUUCUUGAAUCUCAGAAAAUGGUGCGGUUGAUUAUUUAUUGAGUAAUUCAUAACGUAAGCUUUGGUCCAGCAUAAUUUCCUGAAAGAUGACUGAAGAAAAGGUUCAUACUAUUCGAUAUAACCUGCGAAUAGAAACCACAAAAUCUCUUUUAAUUAUCAGUUUUUCUUUCACGAAUCAUAAAUCUCUUGAAAAUACGUUUUAAUAAGCCUAGGAAACUUGCUGAAUUCCAUAAUUCUAACGAUUCCUGUAUGUUUGGUGAACUUACAAGAAAACAAACCUUUGUUUCUACUGGAGAGCCUCAGUAAGCAGAUCUACUUCACCUUUUUUUCUUUGUCCUUUUGCAAUUUUGUUUUUGGUUCACUUGAGGUGCAUAACUAUCACUCCAAACAGUCAGUUGGUCAGUACUUAGUGUAUGUCACAUUGUUUGUGUUUUUGAAAUGCUGCAACUGCAAUUGGAGACAUGGAUUCUUCUUUUAAAAAUUGAAGUGGCUUUGUACUUUGUAGCUACAACGACCAUUGUACUAGUUGUACCAAAAAUAGUCAAGUGGAAAUGGAUAACGAUGUACAGUGGCCAUGAAGACUCUAAGCGAAAUAAUACGCCUCAAAUCGUUUCAAGGUUACAAGUUCCCAAGUACUGGUUUUGGCAUUUCUAUGCGUAUACAUUCUUUCUCGUCCUGUGCUAUGUGUCUCUUGUGCUUUCACAUUCAUGGCAUAGUCCGGUGUUGCAAAUGGCAAAGACAGAAUUACUAUACAGUAGAAAAGCACAGGUUUCUCUGGUGCUGUUUCAGAUUCAUAUGUUACGUCGGUUGUAUGAAAGCCUGCGCUUUCGCAAUAGCGGGUCAAAGAUGCUGAUAACACAUUACUUGUUGGGUUACUUCUUCUAUUCACAUACCUUUUUAGCUAUUCUAAUUGCAUGUCUGGGGGACUAUGAACAAUAUGCAGGUUGGAAACAAGGAAUUGGUCUGGGUUUGUAUAUAUUUGGAAACGUGUGGCAGAAUGCAAGUCAUGAGCAUUUGAUUGCACAAAAACACCAGCGAUCUUAUUUGCCUCUCCAGAAAAGCGGAUUUCGCUGGAUUGCAGGAUCUCAUUACUUUGGAGAAGUUAUCCUCUAUACAGGUUUCCUAUGUAUGAUGAAUCACUGGAUCAUAUGGCUUGUCUACGGAUGGAUUCUGGGUAGUAUGAUCACUAUUGCAACCUCGUACUCGCAAACAUCGAAGCAAGCCUCUCGUAAACCACAAACUGCCAAUAGCCGGCCGAAAUGGAUCAUUUUUCCUCUCCUUUACUAAGUGGGUUCACAGGAAGUGUGAAUAAAACACAAAACUAUAUAAUAAAAGCAUGUAGUUUCAUUAAAAAGAGAAUUCAUAACUUUCGAGAGUAGUAGAUCAAUGAAAUAUUGUCUUGACGUUGA